GGCACGUGCGCCGCCGGCUCGCUGGUGGUUGAAGCAAAAAAAGACUAAAAAAAAAUAAAAAAAGGAAGCCACCACAGAGGAGGUUACAAAUACCGGUGUUAUGGACCUCAGCGACGACGUUGAAACGGGGGAGACUGAAAGACACCCGGGGUUGUUCUACGUACCCAUUCCCGAUGCGGCCCCGAGCAAGAAGGAGCAGGAGAAACUUUCGGGGGUGGUUAAAAACGUCCACAGAAAGCUCCGCAGGAAAUACAGAGAAGUGGGCGACUUUGACAAGAUCUGGCGUGAGCACUGCGAGGACGAGCAGACGCUGAGCGAGUACGCCCUUGCCAUGAAGAACCUCGCCGACAACCACUGGGCCGUGAACUGUGAAGGGGAGGGCCGCAUCGAUUGGUGUCGCAGUGUCUGCCAAGAGUACUUCCUGGAUGGUGGCAUGAAAAGAAUGUUGGAGAAGGAUGAGAAAAGCGCCUCUUUCGCCACAGGGCCGACUGAAGCGUCUGCAAGUGCACAGACAUCCGGCUCCGUCCUAAGUCCGCUGACUCAGGUGGGGAAAAUGCGCCUCCUGGAUGUGGGAAGCUGCUUCAACCCCUUCAUGAAGUUUGACGAGUUCCUCACAGUCGGUAUCGACAUUGUGCCUGCGGUAGAGAGCGUGUACAAGUGCGACUUCCUCAACCUUCAGCUGCAGCGGCCCCUCCAGCUGGCAGGCGACUCCGUGGAGGCCUUCCUCCGCCUGCUGCACAACCCCAUCGACGCCCUGCCGGCGCAGCUCUUUCACGUGGUGGUCUUCUCCCUGCUCCUGUCCUACUUUCCCUCACCAUACCAGCGCUGGAUCUGCUGCAAGAAGGCCCACGAGCUGCUGGAGCUGCACGGCCUGCUGCUCAUCAUCACACCCGACUCCUCCCACCAGAACCGAAACGCGCUCAUGAUGCGCAGCUGGCGCGUGGCGGUGGAGUCGCUGGGCUUCAAGCGCUACAAGUACGUCAAAUACUCCCACAUGCAUCUCAUCGCCUUCCGGAAGGUGUCGCUCGCCACCACCAGCGACCUGGUGUCGCGCAACUACCCCGAGAUGCUCUACAUUCCACAGGACUUCCACUCUAACGAGGAGGACGAGGGCGGCGAUGUGGCUGUGCAGCCUCGCUCCGACUUUGAAGACGACCAGCUGGCUUGGGGCUUCGCUGAGCUGCCCGACACCUACGACUCGGAUUCUGGGGAGAGCCAGAGCGGCUCCGUGCCUGGCUUUCAAGAACUGGAGGACCCCAUCCUGCUUCAGAGCUAGGCUCCACCAGCGCCCCUUGCCCUCCUCUCUUGGAACUGCUGUCACCCCUUAAACUGCUGCGCUGCCAAACUUAACCUGCUGCAUUCUCCUCCUCCCUCUCCUCCAAGCGAUGCGGUUUGCACAGUGUGAAAGAGAGACGUUUACACCUUUUCUGAUAACACUCUCUCCACAAAUAUUUUGAUAAAUUGCUCAACUUUUUUUUGUAAAAGUUGGAAUGUGAACGGCCCCGAAGACAUCCAAGCUUCCGCCAUCAUCUCCCAACUGUCAGCGUGUCUGCAUGCUGAACAUGUCAAAAAGAAAACAUCAGCCGAAGCAGUGUGACGUUGUGUGUGUGUGUGAUUGUGUUGACUGAACAAGCAAACUGGUGGGAGAGCUUUGAAAAGUUGACAUUUUUUUAAAAAGACAAUGGUGUUUAGUGUGUGUUUUAACUCCCUAUUAAUGGUUUAUGCAUCCUUAACAGCAAUGUCGUAUUCGUAGCAUUUUAGGAUUGUCUGGAGUAUUUUACUAAUGUGACUUAAGUGUGUUACUCAUGGUAUUAACAAGGUACUGAUGUUUGAAAACCUUCCUUGUAUAAGAAUAACGAUUUAGCUCAGAUAGGUUAAUUUUGUGGGGGGGUUCUAAAGCAAUGAAGUGAUACAAACAAGUCGCUGCCAAAUGGCGGUAUUCGUACCGUAAGACGCUUCCUACUAAAACUUUGACCAUAUCCUGGUCCUCAUAUAUCGGUCCUCCGAUAAUUCACCUUAACUGAAAAGAUUUGCACUAGUUUGACCUCUGAAACAGACGAGAGGCUUUUUUUUUUUUACAUAAGCAAUAGAUCAUCCAGAUGAUGAUGUUGCGAAGGUGUUAAGCUACUAGCCGACAACACGUUUGUUGGGUUUGUGCGUUUGAAUGACGGCGUACUGGCACUUUAGCACUGAUCCCAAAGGGCGUCGCAUCACUGACUUAUUUUCUUCCGACGACAAGUUUGUAACCACAAUGAAACAAAACGAUUUCUUCCCCAGCCCACUUCCAUCCCUGCUUAAAAAAGGAACACCUGCACCCACUUGCAAAAAGAUGUCACUCUGGAACAGCACACAGCAAACUUCUUAUCAUAUUAAGGGUUGACGGAAGACCUCUUUUGUGCAAUACACUUUCAUAUCUCCUGUUUCAAUAGAGCAUCACUCACGUUCAGUGGUUGUGUUAUAUAGUGAUGCAGUAGUCUUCCAUGGUGUCCUUCUGGUUCAUUUGCAUGGUUCAUCUUUUAUUAUCAAACCCUUUCAACAGUGCAGAAUGUGUGCUUCUUGUAUGGUUGUAUGCGUCUUUUAUAAAUGAAUGUAAAUGCAAGGUAGUUUGUGUCUUCUUUUUGGCAAACAUUGUAAGGGAUUUCAU